GGAAGUGGAAGUUGUUGCCGUUGACCGGUGCCGCCCUCCCCUCUCCGGUCUCCCCAUCCUCCCCCCAACCCCCACUCCACGGCCAAACACGCACUCAUACGCAGCGGGUCAUGUCGGCGCCUCAGGCGGAGCGGGGCCCCGAGGGCGCGGGCGGCAAGCGGAGGCCGCACGGGAUGCUGAAGCUCUACUACGGGCUGCCGGACCCGUCUGGGGAGGCCUUGGCGGGACCGGCCAGGGGGGAUCUCGGGGGCCCCACCGACAUCAACGGCCCCCACUUCGACCCGGAAGUCUUCCUCACCAAGGUGAGGGGGGGCACGGACGGGCAGAUACACUCUCCGCGCCUAGCAACACCCAUGUUGUCUCCAUGGCAACCCUCCCUGGGCUGGCUCCACCGUCCCGUCUCGAGCUGGCCCGUCCCAAAACUCACUUGUUCCGGGAAAUGCUGCUUUGCUUUCCCAAAAUGCUGAGCACCUUGAGCUGAGUGUCUCUGGGCAUGAGCAGAGUGCCUUUUCCCUCGAAGGGUUAGCAUGUUCACAGAUCCAGAUUUCACUCCGCGCAAAAGAUCGCAGGGUUCCUCAUGGUGAAGAAGGCAGUCUGCUAUUACUGAAGCAUUGGACCUGAGAACAGAGUGCCUCUGGUAAUCUGCAGAGUGCCAUCUCCAAAGGAUGCCAGACCUGGUGUUGUGCUGUGGUAAAGAGACUAAGCUAUGAAUCAGCAAAUCCAUAAGAGGAUAAGGAGAGCAUAAGGCCACUGGCCCAUCUAGUCCUAUUCUCACAGUGGCCAACCAAAGGGAAGCCCCCAAGCAGGUUCUGGGCUGAUAGGCUUAUCCUCCCCUGUUUUGGCUCUCACUUCCACCCUGAAUUCACUAUGAGCCCGGUUUUUGAACCGGGAAGGGCAGGGUAUAAAUAAAAAGUUUAUUAUUAUUUAUUAUUAUGUGUUCCUUGGUGUUGGCAAGCCACUCCCUCAGCCUCUGUCUCACCAACUGCAAUAUUGGGGAGUAAAAAAAAUAAUAAUCUUCUUUUUAAAAAAUGAAUAACCCAAACAAGCAUGCAUAACGGUAGUGUGUUGCAUUUCACUUGCAGCAGCUCAGUCACCUAUUGACCUGCCUUAUCCAGAAGUCAGACUCUUGCUCUGUUUAGCCCAGAUCUUAGCCCUGCAGCCAGUGAUCCUUUUGAACCUAAGGCCUUCUGUACACAAAGCAAGGGCUCAAUGAUUAAACGGGGGCGGGGGGCGGAGGAGUGUUCACAAGGAUAGCCAGAGGAGCAUUGGCCAAGUUCAGUUUGCUGCUGACAGCACCCAUCUCUGUUGUGUGUGACAGCUGCGAAAAGAAUGCCCCCUGGCCCAGCUGAUGGACUGCGAGACAGACAUGGUGAAGCAGAUCCGAUCCUUGGACAGUGACAUGCAGACUCUAGUCUAUGAAAAUUACAACAAAUUCAUCUCGGCAACAGGUAACUGGAAGGCUUGGGGGGGGAAGGUCCUGGAAAAGUUAUAUUUGUGGUUCACCUCCCUCUUCCAGUUUAUUAUUAUUUAGAUCAGGUGUGGGAAACCUGCAACCCACAGAACUUCCCCACUCAGCCCUCAGCUUCCUCCCCAUCUCAGCCCCACCCUCUGCGCAGCCAAUCAGCUUAAACAGACAGCUUCUGUUAGUGCCAAUGGAAGAAAAUGCUUUUGAAGCAGACUCUUCCUAACAUUCUCACGUUCCAUUCUUCAGACACAAUCCGUAAGAUGAAGAAUGAUUUCAAGAAGAUGGAGGAUGAGAUGGACUGCUUGGCAGCAAACAUGGCCGUCAUCACGGAGUUCAGUGCGAGCAUCAGCAGCACCUUGCAGGAUCAACAUGAGCAGAUCACCAAACUAUCCGGUGCGAUACCACUUCUCUGAUUGCUGCUAGUGUGCGACAAGGGUGUCAGGAGCCCGUCGGAGCUGAUGGGGAGGGGGCACCAGUUCAGUGGCAGAACAUCCACUUUGCAUGUCGGAGGCUACCUGUUAAAUCCCCGGCAUCUCCAGGAGGAGCUUGUUGAGUGCUGGAAGGUGGGGUGGCACCAGUUGGGGUUUGGGGCUGCAAAGCAGCUUGCCUGCCCUGCUCUGACUUCCUCCCUCUCUCUUGACCCCAGGUGUUCACGCGCUCCUACGCAAGCUGCAGUUCCUGUUUGAGCUGCCGGCCCGCCUGACCAAAUGUGUGGAGAUGGAGGCCUAUGGGCAGGCUGUGCGAUACUACAGCAAGGCCCGCUCCAUCCUCCACCAGUACCAACAUAUGCCUUCCUUCCGGGGCAUCCAGGAUGACUGCCAGAAGAUCAUGGCUGACCUCGCUCAGAAGCUGCGUGAGAAAUUCAGGUAGGCAACAGAAGACAUCAGGGGAGCUGUUGCACUUGACUGUUUGCUACAAAUGGGGCUGUGUUUGGGGAGGUCUUGGGGACUGAAGCAGUAGAGGCUGUGAGCCAGAAGACUCGGCAAAGAAUGGUGGCUGCUCUGUGAUUCUGCUGUGCAUAUUUAGAUUAGCUUAACUGACAUGGUUUCCUUUCGAGGAAUCCUGAGGUUGGAAAGGAUUCCCCAGAGCCCUACAGUUCCCUGGGGGGAAGAGCAUGGCUGCAGGGAGCCAAUGUGGUGCCAUAGUUGGAGUGCCUAAUGAGGAGCUGGGGUUCAGUACACCACCACCCUGCUCAAUGCAGCCCUGAAGCAUGCUGGGCAUACUGGCCCCCCUCACUAUCUCUCAGCCUUGUAGGAUCGUUCUGCAUUUAUGAAAUUUCUGGGGGGAAAUCUUCUGUGUUGCCCAGGACUCUUGGGAGGAAGGGUGGAAUGAAAAUGUCACUUAAGAGCAGGAGCCAGUUUAAAAUCUGCAGCUUAGCCCUCAGAGCCUUCCCUCCUGCCUCCUCAGGGAUGGGGGCUCUUGCGCCAAGAACUUAGCGGAGUGUGUGGAGCUGCUGCUGCAGCUGGGUGAGCCCGCCGAGGAGCUGUGCGACGAGUUCCUCUCUCAUGCCUGCUGCCGCCUGGAAGCUGAGCUGCGAGCCCUGGAGGCGGAGCUGGGCGAGGGGCAGCUGGCCACCCCGGCCACCGACAUCCUGGAGUUCACCGACCGUGGCUGCAACAACUUUGUCAGCAACAUGUGCCUGGUGAUUGCCUCAUACCAAGAGCUGUUUGUCAGCCGGGAGGGGGCCCGUGAGAUUGCCAGCAUGGCCCAUGACAAGCUGGUGGCCUUUGUGGACGGCCUGAUGGAGCGCUACUUUGCCCUGGUGGAGAGGCGCAUCCAGCUGGAGCGGGGCGUGGGCGAUAACUCCCUGCUGGUGCGGGCCCUGGACCGCUUCCACCGCCGCUUGCAGGCUUUGGUCAAGCUCUUGCCCGCCUCACGGUCAGCGGCGGAGGGCACAGAAAUUGUGGUGCGGGCAGCCAAGGAGCGCAUCCGCCAGUACCUACAGGCCCUGCAGAGCUUCUACCUGGACUGCUUGACAGACGUGCGCCAGUCCUUGGCCGCUCCUCGGCUCAUGGGGAAGGACAGCCCCAACCUGGCAGAGCUGCUGGGCACCAUCUCAGCCUCCAUCCUCAACCAGAUCAAGUCUGUGCUCACCUACGUCCACCUCUUCACUGCCAAGGACAUCACUUUCUCUAACAAGCCUUAUUUCAAGGUAAGGGUAGAGAGAAAGAGAUUUUGUUAGACUUUUCAGAGAGAAAGUUGCUUGCUGGAGCCUGGAGACUUGAUACAUCACAAUAAAUAAAAAUGCAUGGGUGCGCAUAUGUAGAAUUACAUAUGUAGAAUUACCCAUGGCGACACAAAUUGUAUGAGAGCCAAACCCUCUGUAGGCUUCACGACAAGAACCUUCCACUGCCACCAGAAACCCCAUAAGAAACUCCUCCUUGGGUCCUGCUUUUGUAGGAUGGACCUCUCUGAUUGUGGGAGAAGCACCCCGGGAUAUCUCCCUUCCAGGGGUUAAGGCAGAGCUGGGUGUACUCAGCCUCUGUCUCUUUAGUUUACAUUUUGGGAUAUGCAGCUGCCAGCCUGAAGCCUCUGCCUGCUUCAUGAUGGGGCCCCAUAGCUGCUAGUCCUCAUGAAUCCCUUCUCAUUAUGCCCCUCAGCCACUUGCAUCUCUGAAAGAUCCCUGCAUUGCUGGGAGUUGGACUAAUGACCUUUGGGGUCCCUUCCAGCCAUACAAUUCUAUGAAAUGUCUGAAAUGAGGUAAGGGUUCCUUAACCCUUCUUCCCCAUUGUGAACAGCUGUAGUGGCUACCUGACAGUUCAGCGGCUGGUGGCCCCGUACUUGAACUGCCCCACAUAGCUCCAGUCCUGCUAUGUGAUUUCUCUCUUAAGAAAAGCAAAGGCUUAAAGCUUUCUCACCGCCUAUGAGCAAUGGGCUUUGCCAACAUCCUCCACUUCAGGCAUCCCUCCCGUUUGUCAGUGUCUUGGCUGACCCAGUGAGUCGUUGAGGGACCCGAGGGCCGAACUCAGGCAGAGCCUCCGUCCCUGUUCUUGCCAGAAAAGGAAGGGUUAAAGAGCCCCUUGGUUCCACCAACUCCCUGCAGUGCUGGCCCUGGAAUCAAACUGUGGCUCAUGUCAAGGCUGGGUGGCUGAGACUUUUUGCCUCGAUGCCUCUAACUUUCCCCUGUGCCUCUCCUUGCUUUUUCCUAGGGGGAAUUCUGCAGCCAGGGUGUCCGCGAAGGCCUCAUUGUCAGCUUCAUCAAGUCCAUCUGCCAGACAGCCCGGCAGUUCUGUGAGAGCACGGGCGACAAGGGGGGCUCCACGCCCCCCACCCUGCUGCUACUCCUCUCCCGCCUCUGCCUGGACUACGAGACCUCCACCAUCAGCUACAUCCUCACGUUGACAGAUGAACAGUUUCUGGUGCAGGUGUGUCACACGUGGGAAGAGAGGAUGCUGGGAGUCAUUUCAGGCUUGGGAGACUUAAAUGGCCAGGGUGGGGGGCAGAAGGGGGCUGUGUUUCCUUUCCUCUGCUCAGAACCGAGUUCAUUGAGAUCUGAAUAAGGCCUCAGCUGUGCCAUUAUUCCACACAACUAUGAAACAAACAUAGGGAUUUGUUCCCUCUUUAUAUAUACAAAGAAGCACAUUUUAGACCUGCCAGUUUUCUUUUAGAAGCCAGCUACCAAACAAGAAGGGGGGAAAAGCAUUACGCAAGCUCCGUAAACAGGUCUUUUAAAAAAACAUUUAUAACAUAAUAUAUAACGAAAUAGCGGAAGCCAGAACUGUACAUACUGUCCCAUUUGCAUCAUCUGUGUGUGUGUGUAGCAGAGCUCGCUGGUUUCCUUAUUGCAGAAUAAGGAUUGCAGUAUGUGUGACUCAUGGAACUUUCUCAGCCAGGGGGCAGCCCCAAAGGAGAAAUCCUGGCUAGCUUGCUUCUGGCUUUUGGAGGGGUCCUUCCCUGUUGAGUAUGUUGCUUGGUGUAUUCAGGUGUGGGGUGGAGGUGGGGUUUCCCCCCGCCCCCAUAUCACAGGGCCAGAGUCUCUUUCAAGGGAAUUAAUCCUAUGCAGAGUAAAUACUAUUUAUUAGAAAUGCAUUAGAAUUGGAUUUUGUCACUUUGGAAGAAGCUUGAAAUGUAAGUAUUGUGACCCCUGCAUUCCACAUGCGUUGGCUGAGAAUGAAAUGUGUAAACUCCAUUUAUGGCUCUGGUCCUCAGUGCCACUUCUUUGAUGACUGUGUCAAUUAGCUUUCCAGUCACUCCUCAGUCUUUCGGUCACUGCAUAGGGUGCACCUGCUGCUUCCCCACCACCCCAGGAAACCCCUACAUUUCUUGCCUCCCAUAAAACAUAUACCGUAUUUCAUUUCUCCAGAUGUGGUUCAGAAAGAUGUAAAUCUCAAACCAUUCAGAAACCAGCAAAGCCUAUCCAAAUAUAGCCUGUUUAGUAUUGGUACGGUGUAGCAGUUAACAGCGCGAGCUUUGAGCCAGGAAGUCCCUGGUUCAAAUCCUGCCUCUGCUGGGAGCCCGUUGGAUGACAUUGGGCAAGCCAGUCCCUCUCAGCUUUUCCCACCCUCCAUGUCCAGUUUUGUUCUUAGCGGACUGGUUCUUGUGGCGAGGCCUCCUUACGUAUCUAAAAGCCCCUUGAGUUUUCCAGAGCCCCACAUCAAGCUGCCAAGUGCCACCCUUUUCAUCCUCCUCCUGCUCUGCCUUGCCUCUGGACCAGGACCACUCUCCCGUCACCCCUGUCACUGGCCUGUGUGCUGAAGCCCGGCAAGCCGCCCAGAAGCUGCUGAACCACUACGUGAAGGUGCAAGGCCUGGUCAUCUCUCAGAUGCUGCGCAAAAGCGUCGAGACGCGGGAUUGGAUCACCACCAUUGAACCACGCAAUGUCCGUGCCGUCAUGAAGCGUGUGGUGGAGGAUGCCACCUCCAUUGAUGUUCAAGUGAGCGGGGCGGAGGGGAAAGGGGGGGGGGAGGGAUUUCAGAAAACCACCCGGUUCCAGCUUCUUACCUUGCCUGUAAAUGGAAAGAGAGGGCACCAUAUGAGGAAGAGGGGGUUGGAAUUUGGGGGUUUGUUCCUUUUUAUCUAUUUGUUUAUUUAUAAUGAUACCUUGAAAAUAUCAGUUUCCAAUGUAUCUAUACGGAAAGCCCAUUAAAAUUUUAAAUCGGGUAAUCGCCAUGGAAAAAUGUAUACUUAACAGGUUACAUAGGUUUGGCAGAAUAGAAAAGUUUUCAGCAAGCGUUGGCACAGAAGGCAUCUGCUGAAUCUCUAGUGGUGGAGCGUUCCACAGGACUGGGCCAAUGACACCGAAGGCUCUUUUUUUGUUGAUGUCAAAUGAGCCUCACCAACUCGGGGAAUGACCAGCCAUGCUCCUGCGGAUGUUCUCAGUGAUCGAGCUGAAAUAGAAGAGCUUUGUCGGUCCCUGAGGCACCCUAGACCUAAGUUGGUCAGGGCUCUGUAAAUUAAUACAAAUAGUAAAUGGGCAGCCAGUGCAGCUGUUUUGACAGUGGUGUCAUAUGCUGCUUGUUACAGGGUAGGCGUGGGGUGCCAGGGGUCCUCACUUGAAAGAGAGUGAACCUGUGCAGAGGCUCCCUCUCCAUUCGAGUAACUGCCUCACACGUUAAUCUCCCCACGCAGGUUGGGCUUCUCUAUGAGGAAGGUGUGCGCAAAGCCCAGAGCAGUGACUCCAGCAAAAGAACCUUCUCCGUCUACAGCAGCUCCCGGCAGCAGAGCCGCUACGCGCCAAGUUACACGCCCAGGUGAGCUGGGGAGGCAGGCCCUGUCCUUCCUGCUGGACGGGGAGUUUGAAUCAUCCCUAAAUCACAAAGGAGCAGGCGGGGCACUGUGUGUAUCUAGUGCAACCUUGCAAAUUGGCUCCUAAGAGUUUCUGGUUCGCAAGAAUUGACGCUGACUUGCCUGCCAUGGAUACCUCGCAUAGUUAUUGUGUGCCACGGGCCUGGGUGGAGGGAAAGAGAUGUCCAUCCAAACCCCUCUCCAGCAGGGCAGUUCAGGGGUGGGGGAUGGUGUGCUAAUCUCUUGGGCACGGCCCUUAGCCCCACAAGCUGUCAGCCACUCUGUGUGAGCCUCAUCUCUUCUCUUCUCUCCCCAAGCGCUCCCAUGGAUACCAACCUGCUGAGCAAUAUCCAGAAGCUUUUCUCUGAGCGCAUUGACAUCUUCAGCCCUGCGGAGUUCAACAAGGUGAGGAGCCUGCAGUGGCGUGCUCUGUUGUGCUUCCUCCAGCCAAAGCACGUGAGGUUGGUGGCCUCUCUACAGGGGUGCCUGGAUCUGCCUCUUGGGGAGAUGUGCAUGCACCCCACAGGGAGAGAGGAGCCAUUGCCCUUGCCAACAGAUGAUGGGAGUGAUCUCUAGAAAGGGUAGCAGGUUCCUUUUCUUUGGUUAUUGCUAGAUAUAUAUGUAUAUAUCUUUCACUAGGGCUGCAGUUGCAGCCUGAACGUCAUUCGAUUACACCACUCAGAUCAGGAGAGAACCGUAAUUUUCACAAUAUGUAGGGGAGGCGUCCGUUUGGGUUCUCCCUCUCAGUGUUAAAAGUCUAAUAGUUCAUGGAGCUCCAAUCUGCUUAUCCCCUCCCAAAUUGCCUGAUUCUCAGUGGAGCCCAGAAUCGGAGCUUGUGGUCAUCUUGGCACUUUUGCUGAAUGAAUCUCCCAUCCUCUUUCAGUUUCUGAGCAGCGUUUGGCUGCCACCAGGACAGAGGUGAAUCAAGCCUUUAUUAAGAAGCUUGUGAUGAACAUCCAUGAUGAAGGUCCUUAGUAAGACCUGACCAGGAUGGAUGGUUAAGCUUGGCUGGUAAGAGCAGCCACAUAAGUGCCUUUACUCUUGGGUCUUAGGUGUUCCCCUCUCUAUUAGUUUUUCUGUUUGUAAUCUUCAAAAUUGACACAGCAAUGUGUGAUUGGGGCAGGAGGGCGAAGCCACAGGCAAUGGCAUUUGCCUGUUUUGUUGUCACUCCUAGGCCAGGUAGGUUGCAGAACAUUACCAAUAAAGCAAGUGCAAUUUAAAUGAAAAUCAUAGAAUAAAAACACAAAAUGGCCAUGUAAGGGGAAGGGAGGCACCCAUUGACUUAACCAAAGGCCUGGCUGAAGAGAGGCAGACUGAGCAGUUGUCCAUACAAUGAUUUCAAUGAACACCCCCCGGGGAAAGUAUCAGGAAAACAUCCAUUUGGGGGGCAGGGCGAGCAGAUUUUUGGAUCGUCAGUCUGCUGUCCAUUUUUUAAUCCUCUUCUUCCACUCAGGUCUCUGUGCUUACCGGCAUCAUCAAGAUCAGCCUGAAGACGUUCCUGGAGUGUGUCCGCCUGCGAACUUUUGGCCGCUUUGGCCUGCAGCAGAUCCAGGUGGACUGUUACUACCUGCAACUCUAUCUGUGGCGCUUUGUCUCUGAUGAGAACCUGGUGCACUUCUUGCUGGACGAGAUUGUGGGCAGCACAGCCCACCGCUGCCUUGACCCCGUGCCCAUGGAGCAGAGUGUCAUUGAGGUCAUCUGUGAGCGCGGCUAGGGCACGAGGAGGGGGCUGGACCGGGGGGAGGCAGCUCUUGUUCCCUGCCAGGUAGGGGGAGAACGGGAAUGUCUGGCAGGUGAGACCUCAAAAUAUGUCAAUGUGGUUGUGAUAAAUAAAGAAUAACUUAAACCGUA